GAAAAACCUUUAUAUUAUUAGAAAACACAGCAAAAUCAAAAUCAGAAAAAAGGGAGAGAAAGAAUAAGGAGGAGAAACAAACCAACACAGAAUCGCCAAUCAUCUUCAGAGGCCCUGUUGUUUGGUUCAUAGGACAAGUAUUGCACAACCGAUACAAUGUCUCCAUCAGCGAAAUCAAAAUCCAAGUCCCAGGAGAAGGCCUCUGCAAGGGGGGGUAAGGAACAACAUAAGACUUCUCCAAAGACUUCCAAGUCUCCAACUCAUGGGAGUGGCACUCCUGCUAGUGCACACAAUCCCAUCUCGGGAACAUUUCAAACUCCAGAAACAUCAUUGGUUGCUUCCUCUACUCAAGUUCAUGACAACAGUCAUUUCCCAAAAAUAGAUGAUGCAGAUGAGCAUUCUAGAAGUCCUCAAGGAAUGGUGUCUGAAUGUGAUUCGGUUUCUAACAAUGGUAGCUGCUCUGGUGAAUCAGAAGAGUCUAAAGAGAAGGUAACAGUAACAAACUCUUCUACUCAGCCAGACAGUAUACUUGGUUGUGAUAAUGAUAGAAGGGAGAAGAUCCGCUUGAAGAACGAGAGGAAGCACCAGAGGCAGAGGGAAAGGAGAGCACAGGAGUUGCAUGACCGUUGUUGCGGGUACCUAAUGUCAAGAAAGCUAGAAUCACUUGCACAGAAGUUAGUGGCGAUGGGGUUCUCUUCUGAGCGAGCGACGUUGGCCUUAAUGUUAAAUGACGGAAAAUUAGAGCAAUCAGUUUCCUGGCUAUUUGAAGGGAGUGAAGAACAAUCACAAAGCAAGGAUACUACUAGCCUUAUAAGUGAGGGUAAUAUGAAAAUUGACAUACGUGAUGAGCUUGCUCAGAUAUCUGCCCUGGAGGUAAAGUACAAUUGUUCAAAGCAAGAGGUUGAAAGAGCAGUUGUUGCUUGUGAAGGUGAUCUUCAAAAGGCAGAAAAUACCUUAAGAACACAGAAUCAGGAAUUUCCUACAACCCAAUCGAAGUCAGAAGAUUCUGCUCAAAAUAAUAGUAGUCUGGUGAGAUCACAAGGAUCACCAGCAGCAUCGGUUUCAAUGCAGCACAGAGGGAAUGAAAAUGACUUUAACCAUUACAACAGGGUAGGUGGUUCAGAUUCCAUGUUUCCGGAUGUUGAAACCGGGAAUGUACAUUCUCUACAAUCGAAUCAUCCAAAUUUAAUGACUGAGAAAAGAUGGAGUGGUGUUCCAGGAUCAAGCCUGUCUGCUAUGUUUGCCAUGGCACCAUCCAUGCAAGCAGUGCCUCCAUUUGUUAAAAUGGAGGGCGGAUGGCCUAUUUCCCUUGCAAAUGAAGGAAGAAUGAUUCAACAAGGAGUAGGAAGGGAGCCGGUAAUGAUGCAACAUCCACAAUUCACAAAUGCCAAACAGAACUCUAUGAUGUCUUUAAAUUCCUUUCCUUCAGGAGCAGCAGGUUGGUAUGCAAAUAGUAUUCCAGGUGCUGACAAUGUGAGAUCAAAUGGGAAGUUACUACAAACUCAAAGCAUAAGAAGUGUGAGCCCAAAUCAUUUGGAGCAAUUUGGUCAAGCUCCGUAUAGGGAAUAUUCUCAUUUCCUUGGACCAGUAGACUACUCAUCUGCUGGAGUGGGUGGUUAUUGCAAGCCAAUGGGUGCAUCAUCAUCACCUCCACCUACAAUUCCUCCUCGGCAUCAAGGUUCAUGGAGCACGGGCGCGUCUUCACCAUCGCUCAUGGUGCCAACUUCCCUUGGACUAUUUUCUGGUCAUCAGAAUGCAGCCAGAACAUUCAACUCACAUUCACACAUGGAUUGGAACACUGUGGGUUUCAUGCCAGAAUUUGACUACAGCAGCAUAGAUUGGAGUUUGAAUGCGCCAUCUUCUUCCGUGUCGGGUGGACUGUGGCUAGGGAUCUCUUCAAUGUUGAGAAACAGUUAUGGGGAUAGGAGGGGCAGUCAAUGCAUGAGUGGAUUGCAAAUGGCUAGGGAAACUUCAUCAUCUGGUGGAUUGAGAGAGUGGACCACUCCUUUUGCUGGGAAGGACAUAUUCAGAGUUCCUAGGCAGUUUGUUACCUCUCCUCCUAUGUAGUCUUGUGUCAUGGGAACUAAAGGCGAUUAGUACUUGAAAAAAAGUGUCUUAAUGGUUGUUUCUGGUUUUCCAGUGAAAUUAAUUCAUCUUCUAAUUUAUGGUCUAUGAUUUUUUUCAGAUGGUUGCUUUUUGGAUAAAAAAAGAUUGAUUAAGUUCUUAAUCAAUGAACUCUCAUCACUUAAGGAUUUAUGUCAUGAAUUUGAUUUGAAACUUAUUAGAAAAGACUAAAAGAGCAAAAUUUCUCUGAGAAAACUAUAUAUUUUAAUUGGAAUGUACUGAUAGAAUAAUUUUCUUUUUAUACUUUCAUGUCAUGACAAAGUCUAGCGUGGUCAAGCUUCACAAGUGAAUCAUGGUGGUCCACUAUCUAACAACUGUCAGAUCUAUUAUUAAAAUGUUGAAGGGUGUAGGUUAGUUAUGCGCAACUUUUUGUGUGUUAUUAAUAAUUAAAAUUAAUUUUUUCAGGUUUGGUGAGGGUGAUUUAUUUUGUCACUAUUCGAUUUGAAUCCACCAUUGGGUUUGCGGUUGUGAAUGAGUUGUGAUGAGCUUGCGGUUGUCGUUGCCACCGUGAGAAUGACCCCGAAUUGGAGGAAUAUUGGUAAAUGGUGACGGUCAAAGUGACGAGGACCAUAAAUAUGGUGGAUUGGAGACGACAUUUUGCAGUAGUGUGCCCUACAAUUUCCCCUUCUUUUAUGAAAUGUGAUUUUCUAUUUAAUCUCAGAAUUCCAAAUUCUAAAAUCAAUCCCGAAAACCUCAGAAACCCUUCAUAUUCUAUUUAGGAUCUAUGGCCACUGCUCCAACAACUCGUUGGAAAAAUUAGUCGUUCUUCCAUAACCUUCGGGAAUCGAUCAUAAACUCAAGUUGUGGAGGCACGAAGAUGGAGCUGUGUCGAGAUGAAUAAGCCGCAUUGGUUCUCAAGUUCGUCACCAUCAUCUCCAUUCUCCUCGCCGGCAUGGCAGAAAUCCCCAUCCCUCUCGUUGGAAAACACCGUCGCUUCCUCCGCACCACCAACAACAAGAGAGAUAGAACUCCCGUUGAGAUUUGCCAAACUGUGGUGUGGGAUAAAAAAGGCAAAGAAAAAAGACGAGAGAAAGAAAGAUUGAGGGAAAGAAAAAAACGAGAAGGGAAUCCAAAUAUGCAUUAAAGACCGUUGGCUUGUCGUUGAGAUUUGAUGCUAUCCCUUCACUCCCUUGUUCACGGAUCUUUAUAUCGUCUUUCUAUCCCAAUCUUUCUCUAUAUUAUUUUA